GGCUCCCCUCUGCGCUCUCCCGGCAGGACCUGUCUGUUCCCCCUCGGGCUACAAGAAGGCGGAUGAUGAGAUGUCCGGAGCCACGUCCUCGGCGGAUCUGGACGAGGCACCAGCCCGCACCAUUUACUUGAACCAGCCCCAGCAGAGCAAGUUCCGCGACAACUGGGUCAGCACAGCCAAGUACAGUGUGGUGACAUUUCUACCUCGAUUCCUGUAUGAGCAGAUAAGAAAAGCUGCAAAUGCAUUCUUCCUCUUCAUUGCCUUACUGCAGCAAAUUCCAGAUGUCUCUCCAACAGGAAGAUAUACUACCUUGGUGCCAUUGCUAUUUAUUUUAACAGUUGCUGGCAUCAAAGAAAUCAUAGAAGACUAUAAAAGGCAUAAGGCAGACAGUGCAGUGAAUAAAAAGAAAACAAUAGUUCUAAGAAAUGGGAUGUGGCAGAACAUUAUGUGGAAAGAGGUAGCAGUAGGCGAUAUUGUGAAGGUCACCAAUGGGCAACAUCUUCCAGCAGACAUGAUCAUUAUAUCUUCCAGUGAACCGCAAGCCAUGUGCUAUAUUGAAACAGCUAAUCUUGACGGGGAGACAAAUCUUAAAAUACGACAGGGAUUGUCUCAAACUGCUAGUCUCCAGUCAAGAGAAGAAUUGAUGAAAGUAUCUGGAAGGAUAGAAUGUGAAGGACCCAACCGUCAUCUUUACGACUUCACUGGAAACUUGCGCUUAGAUGGUCAAAGCCCAGUUCCUGUAGGUCCAGACCAGAUCUUGCUAAGAGGUGCACAACUGAGAAACACUCAGUGGGUCUUGGGUAUUGUUGUGUAUACAGGACAUGAUACAAAACUCAUGCAGAAUUCAACCAAAGCGCCUCUGAAGAGAUCAAAUGUGGAGAAAGUGACCAACAUGCAGAUCCUGGUUUUGUUCUGUAUUCUCCUGGUGAUGGCCCUUGUGAGUUCUGUAGGUGCCUUAUUAUGGAACAGAACACAUGGCGAAGUUGUCUGGUACCUUGGCUCCAACAAAAUGCUGUCUGUCAACUUUGGAUACAAUCUGCUGACAUUUAUAAUCUUGUACAACAACCUUAUUCCAAUCAGUCUUCUGGUGACAUUGGAAGUUGUCAAGUUUACUCAGGCUCUUUUUAUAAAUUGGGACAUAGAUAUGUAUUAUCCUGAAACGGAUACACCUGCAAUGGCCAGAACCUCAAACCUUAAUGAGGAACUUGGGCAGGUAAAAUACCUGUUUUCUGAUAAAACAGGUACUCUAACAUGCAAUAUCAUGAACUUUAAGAAAUGUAGUAUUGCUGGAGUGACAUAUGGUCACUUUCCUGAACUGGAAAGAGAACGUUCAUCAGAAGACUUCAGCCAGCUACCUCCUUCCACUAGUGAAUCGUGUGAAUUCGAUGACCCAAGACUGCUGCAAAACAUUGAAAAUGACCAUCCCACAGCUGUGCACAUACAGGAGUUCCUCACUCUGCUGGCCGUGUGUCAUACUGUUGUUCCUGAGAGACAAGGAAAUAAAAUAAUCUACCAGGCCUCCUCUCCAGAUGAAGGGGCUUUAGUGAAAGGAGCAAAAAAACUUGGUUAUGUCUUCACAGGACGGACUCCACAUUCGGUUAUUAUUGAUGCGCUGGGAAAAGAAAAAACCUUUGAAAUUCUUAACGUGCUGGAGUUUUCCAGCAACAGGAAGAGAAUGUCAGUGAUAGUUCGAACUCCAGCAGGACAGCUACGUCUCUACUGCAAAGGGGCUGAUAAUGUAAUUUUUGAGAGGCUUUCAAAAGAUUCCCAGUAUAUGGAGCAAACACUGUGCCAUCUUGAAUACUUCGCAACAGAAGGUCUGAGGACUUUGUGCAUUGCUUAUGCAGAUCUGUCAGAACACUCUUACAGAGAGUGGUUGAAUGUCUACAAUGAAAGCAGUACAGUUCUGAAAGAUAGAACUCAGAAGCUGGAGGAAUGCUAUGAGAUCAUUGAAAAGGAUUUACUGCUUCUUGGAGCUACAGCCAUUGAAGACCGCCUGCAAGCAGGUGUUCCAGAAACAAUAGCCACGCUAAUGAAGGCAGAAAUUAAGAUAUGGAUUCUGACGGGGGAUAAACAGGAAACAGCUCUCAAUAUAGGGUAUUCUUGCAGACUCAUUUCACAGAGUAUGUCUCUCAUCCUGGUCAAUGAGGAUUCACUAGAUGCAACAAGAGCUUCUCUGACCCAACAUUGUACCAAUUUGGGGGAGUCACUGGGCAAAGAAAACGAUAUUGCUCUGAUUAUUGAUGGCCACACACUCAAGUAUGCCCUUUCAUUUGAAGUCAGGCAGAGCUUUCUGGACUUGGCACUCUCCUGUAAAGCGGUCAUUUGUUGCAGAGUAUCUCCUCUACAGAAGUCUGAAAUAGUAGACAUGGUCAAGAAAUACGUCAAUGCCAUAACACUUGCCAUUGGGGAUGGUGCCAAUGACGUAGGAAUGAUCCAGACAGCUCACGUUGGAGUGGGGAUCAGUGGCAAUGAGGGCAUGCAGGCAACCAAUUGCUCGGAUUAUGCUAUUGCACAGUUUUCCUACUUGGAGAAGCUGUUGUUGGUCCAUGGAGCUUGGAGUUACAAUCGAGUUACCAAGUGCAUACUAUAUUGCUUCUACAAGAACGUGGUUUUGUAUAUUAUUGAGCUUUGGUUUGCUUUCGUUAAUGGAUUUUCUGGGCAGAUCUUAUUUGAGCGGUGGUGCAUUGGUCUGUAUAAUGUGAUUUUCACAGCGCUGCCACCCUUUACUCUGGGAAUUUUUGAACGAUCGUGUACUCAAGAUAGUAUGCUUAGAUUUCCACAGUUAUACAAAAUUACUCAAAAUGCAGAUGGGUUCAACACAAGGGUUUUCUGGGGUCACUGCAUCAAUGCCCUGAUCCAUUCCAUCAUUCUCUUCUGGUUUCCACUGAAAGUGCUGGAGCAUGAUGCAGUAUUCACAAAUGGCCAGGGAAUUGACUAUUUAUUUGUUGGAAACAUAGUUUAUACUUAUGUUGUAGUCACUGUUUGUCUGAAAGCUGGCUUAGAAACAACUGCGUGGACUAGAUUCAGUCACCUGGCCGUCUGGGGAAGCAUGCUGCUCUGGCUGGUGUUCUUCGGUGUCUACUCAGCCAUCUGGCCCACGUUUCCCAUCGCACCAGACAUGCUGGGGCAGCAUGGAACGUGUGUCUGCCUGAGCAGUGGUGGUCAAAACUCAGGGCAAACUGCUGAGACUUUCCUAGCUGGAAUGGUGUUGAGAUGUGGAUACUUCUGGUUUGGCCUGUUUCUUGUGCCCACUGCCUGCCUUGUUAAAGACGUGGCAUGGACAGCGGCCAAGCAUACCUACCAUAAAACUUUGCUGGAGCAAGUUCAGGAGUUGGAGACGAAGACGAGAGAGCUGGGAAAAGCCAUGCUUCGUGAUAGUAAUGGAAAGAGCGUGAACGAACGUGAUCAUUUGUUAAAAAGGCUCGGUAGGAAAACUCCUCCGAGCCUUUUCCGUGCUCAUUCUGUCCAGCAAAGCGUAUCACAUGGGUAUGCAUUUUCCCAAGAAGAACACGGUGUUGUUUCCCAGUCGCAAGUUGUUCGAUCCUACGAUACAACCAAAAGGAGAGCAGAAAUAGAAUAAAUGGUUCUUCACUUGAUGGGUGGUGGGAAUAAUGGGAUUUGGAUCAAUGCAUCCACUGUUAACAGGCAGCAGCAGCCAAAACACCAGAGAACUCAUUUCUGUGGCCUUAGCCAACAAGUUUCUGUAUUCUCCCUGCAAACCUUGAGUACAUAUUGUGGGGGGAAAUCAUUGUUUGAAUUCAGUCGCAAAGCUCUGCCUAAAGUUUUGUUUAUGUUGUUAUGAAGCAUUUGACUGUGCUAUGUGAGGUGUGAAAUUAAAAACAAUGUUUUACCACUAUUUAAAACAUCAGCAUAAGAUUGUUCUGGGAGAAAAGUAGAAAAUUUAUGUUCCAUGAGAAAUCAGCCUUUGCUUAAUUGGAACGGGGUGCUGAGAUUUCCUGUUUUGUUACACACAGACCAAGUGCACACGGCUGCAUGCGGACCUUACUCCCUCUAAUAUUCACUGUUUACUAAUGUGGCUGAAAUUUUAACAGGCAAUUUGGCAUAAAACUUUUGAUUGCAACACAGUCUGUAGCUAAAAAUGCUUAUUUGCCUUCUUAUGACAGAAUAACACAAGAUAGCAAUGAAUUACUUAGAGUAUCUUUUGCCCUCUUACAGGAUUUAUUAGGGCUUUACCUUAGCUUUCUAAAACCCAAUUAAUAGCUCACAAAGCCAGGAUGUCGAAGUCAGAGAGCUCGGCAGGGCAGCUGUCUUGAGUGCAUGGCUUUGUGCACAAAGAUGAACUCAAAUAGGUGUCUCCUGGUAACUCUUCGUGAUGUAUUUGGACGUGCAUUUCAAAUGUAGCCUGGGAUUUCUGUCCAUGAUCCAUUCUCACUUUAACAAUAGAAUGAAACACUGAGAACUUAAAAGGUACAAGCUUGUCGGAUGUUGAGAAAGAAGAUCGGAUGCGCACAGGAGACCGACGCUGUAACCCCAAAGAAGCAUUCCCGUGACCAGGUAGGAUAGAUUUGCAAAGGCAAGUUAGGAAGGAUUUACACACGUGCGUGCACACACAUGUACACACACAGAGCUGGUCAUUGUGAAGAGAAGACCUGCUGUUUGUUCAGCCAAACUAGUCACUCUUCUAGAUCUUGAUCCAUCAACAGGCUUCCCAACACACUUGGACCUGUGAGCCCUGGAAGGAAUGCUGGCUCCACGGCCUCACUGUGCCAGUAGGACAGGCGUGCUGCUGCAUAGAUUGGAAAUUUUGGAAAAAAAAAAAAAGCAAAAACUGGGGCAUAAGUUAAAGCUGAAAGAGCUCUUAGAAAGCUUAUGCUGUCCUCCAGACAAGUUCUAUUAAUUUUAGUCGCCAAGACACGUUUCUGAAUAGCAUAAAGUAAAUACUGCUGUGUUUUAACCAGGUUUCAUGGCUAAUGUGUAUACUACAUCUGUGCAUUUAAUAAGUUGGUGUUGUUUUUUGCCCUGUUGACCAUCUUCCAGAACUUUUUAUUGAUUUAAAUAUAUCGGAAAGCAAUUUGAAUAUGAAUAUUUAUGUUUAGCAAGGAAAAGGGAAAUGCCAGCCUGGCCCACUGGCUUAAUCUUCCUUAAGGGUUGUGAGUAAAUGCCAGCGCUCAGGUGUCAUAGUUCAAUUCUUGGUGCCACCUUGGAGACUCGGAGUCCCCUUCCAUGUUAAAAAGCAAAUUUUGCUCCUGCAGCACCAGGCAGAAUUGCUCUUGGAUUAGGCUAAUGGCACAGAGGGAAAAGUCAUCACCUUCUUUCUGCAGUGCUAAUGAGACAAUUAUGCAAUAAGGGAAACGUGCAAAUAAUUUUGCCAUAGGCAUGAAUGUCAAGGGGCCAAGUGUGGGUGUAUAUAUUUUCUGGGAGAUGAAUUUUGUUUAAAGGCACGAAUACUAGUGCAGAGAAUAAAUAAGGGGAGGGUAGACCUGAUCCCAGGAGCUUUUAAAUCUUAAUGCUGAUCUAACCUGUUAAACACUUUCUUUUAUUUAGAAACAAAAUCUAUUUAGGAAAUGUGGGGUGUAAGCCUGUCCUCAAAACCACUAACUGUUUCUUCCUUUUGUAACAACACAAGGAAAAUUAACUUCCCACCGAGACAAAGCGAGAUCAGCUUAGUCUUUGUACUCUAAGCCACACAGUAAACAUUGGUAUGUAAACAAUUUGGAGGCUUUUCAUGAGGAUACAGAAAAAAAUCUUCUAAAAACCUCUGGAUAAUGAAGAAGGGCAAGUAAAUGUGUCGAGCAGAGAAUAGAAGGGAUCCUGGAGUCUCUUCUGUUCUCAACUUAGUGCAACAAAGUUUUACAGAACAUAAGGAGAGAUGCUGGGGAAGAGCAGCUGUCAUCUAAUGUGAUUUAUUUUAUUAGUGCAGACUACAGGCUGUAUCAUUUUGACCUCUCUGUAAAUUGAGGUCAGUGUGUGUCACAAACACAAACCCUCCCUAGAGUGAAUAGUGGCUUAGAUUGAGGUACGUGUGUUGGAUGUCAGCUCAAUGGGAAUUACACAUGGGGUUUGUCACAGGGCUAUACAGUAUGUGACACUGGGGCUAGCAGGUCAGACUUUAUCAUCACUGUAAGGCCUUAAUCUCUAGCUGAGUUAAUCCUGUAGAGCCCACCCAGGUCAAGCCCUGGCAUUCUUCUUGUUCUUUGGAGUCAUUACAGGAAUUAAUGUAUUGUAAUAUGCUGUAGCCUGACUGUUGGAGUUGCUUGUCUUGGUGAACAAUGAUGAGGUGUAUUCCAGUGGUGUGUUAGCAAAAGGAGAACGGCAGCUGCUCUGCAUCAACAGAAUUCCUUGUUCAUUAACACAAAUGCACGUAGCAGGAACAGCAACCUUUGAAAGCGCUAUGUGAAAGUGUUACCAACUAGACAAGGUAUUGGAGCAGAAGGAAUGGGAGAUUUCUGCUUGACCAUCCAGACUUAACUGCCUAGGGCUGAUCAAAAAAGGAUGUCUUUGGGCAGCGUUCUGCACUGACCAAAGUGGCGAUGGGGUUUUGAAUAUUGGGAAGGAAGUGGCGAUUUUCCUGAAUUAAACCUGGAUCUGGUUGCUUCUUUUUGUAACACCGUAAUCUCUGCUUGCAUAGAAGCUGCUGUUCCUUUAACGAUUGCCUAGUAGCAAAUUAAAGCUGGUGUGCGGGAGCCUGAGCUGAGCACUGCUGAGAAGUCUGGUGACAUUUUCUUUUCCUUGACAGGGCUUCAGGUCUUGCUGUAGGGAGCUAGCAUGGGAAGUCAGUAAUAACUUGUCAAGGAGAAAUGGCGAAUAACCAAUAAAAGUAUUGGAGUCAAACUAAGCUGCUAAUGUAUCUAAAAAUGUAUGUGGAGUUAACAUGAACUAUAUGGGCUGUAAAUUAAGAUAACAGCCAAGCCUCGCUAAUCUGCACUUCACUAGACCACACGCCUCUUAGUGCAUGCCAGAAAUGUGAAGUCUCUUCCACUGCCUCAGCCAGCAGCUAAUAGCAGAUGCUGCAGGGAAGUCUCCUGUUACCAAGAUUACAUUAUUUUUACAGCAUGUACUGGAGUGUGUUUGCUGGGAGACAGUCAAUGCUCAUAAAUAAAGAGGAGAAGGCUCAGGUGGACCAGAAUAAGUGAAAUGCAGCGACUAUAACAUGGUUGGUGGGCACACUGGCUGCAGCUUGGCCCUCCAUGGACAACCCCACGAGCUUGGGAGGUGCACAGUCCUUGCGCUGUCCCUGUCCUGCAGGCUUAUUUUGCCCUUUUGGGCUAACUCACCAAAUCUGCUGUUUUGCAUUGCCUCCAGUCAUCAGUUCAGACUAGUGAUGCCCUAUUUACGUUCUCCCUUGGUUUUAUAAAUAAUGACUUAAUUUCAUUUUUAAAUACUCUGAGGACUGUACUCUUGCUGUUAAGCCUCACACUUGAAGUUUGAAGCAGAGCAGCCCUUGAGCGGGUGUUCACCCCCGAGAAGCACUUUGGAUUUGUCAGAUUUCUCCCUAGUUUUAAGGGACUGAGGAUAUUUUACCUUAGUUUUAGAUCAUCACACAGUAUCAAUGCCUUAAACUUCAGUCGGUUUGCAGGGAGAGCAAUUCGUGUCUUGUUGAGUCUAACAAUAAAUGGUCAUGACAUGAAAUGCCUGAUGAGUUGGAGAAGAAUUUGGCUGUGUCUGUCGUAUACCUGAUGCAUCUGGGUAGCAGUUUGCUUCUGAAACGUGGCGCUAACUAUGCAUGUUCCUCAGUCUCUAGACAGUUGGGCUCCUUCUGUCCUAUCAGUCAGGACCCUUGUAUUUGUCUCUCCCGGAGCCUGUGUAUGCUGCAGCUCCAUGCCUUGUUGAAGAUGCUGAGCACCAAGCAGAUCCAGACCCUCUUCUCUACCUUCUACCUGCAGGGUCCCCUGGGCACGGCCCUGAGGCCGUCCCGCAGGCAGCUGUUGGAGGCACAGCCGAAGUGCCUAUCAAAUGGGGAGAGUUUUGAAUUCAAAUCCAAGUAUCGUCCCUAGCCAUAACUCAUAAUUGUCACUGCAGGCAGUGUAGCGAGGUAUACAAGAGAUGAAGACUCAGCAGGUUAUGAAUCUGGUGACUGGGCUUGUACACGGCCCAUUCUCAUCCCACUGGUCAGGCCCUGUGUGAGCAGCUGUGUCACUUGGCGAGCGAGUGAACAGGCAGUGGCACUUCUCUUUAGCAUGUUGUUUAUUUGCAGCCACAUCACUGUUCCUCAGAAGCCCUCUCUGCAGCAGCUCUGUCCCAGAUGCCACUCUGAAGGGCGGCUCUCCAGCUGUUCCCUAACACGGUGGCCCAGUUGUCUUUGUAUCGUAGGUGGUGACCGGUGGGACUCUCCCAGCAGCAGCAGGGGUAAAACAAGCUAUUCCAGGAGCACAGCCCCUGCUUCUUUGGAAAUGACCUUAGUGCUGAUGAGGUCGGGCCUUUGACAUGACCUGAGCUUUCAGAUGGAUGGUUUCUAGAGCUUAUUAUUCCUGGUGCUGAGCCUUCUGGGUUGACUGCAAGCAAUUCCUGUUAGAAUAGAGUGAAACAUGCUUUUACGCUUUUUCUUGUACCGUACAUGAAAGGCUCAGUGCUUUGUUCGGUGAAACCAUACACAUUGAUUAUUUUCUUAGAGCUUUCUCCUCCUGUGUGGCAUUGGGGAAAGUCUCCUUGGUUUGAUUACACAGUUAACAGCCCCGUUCCCAUUUUAUUUUCACUAGUCUUAUGAUAUUGCUUACACUGACUUCUCAGAACUCAAUAGCUCCAGGAGGGGGAGAGCUCAGAUCCUCAUACCUGAAAGCUUCGUUAUCCUCCAGACACCCAAGAGAGCCUCCACUACCGUUCAGCACUUGUGACCAGAGCUGUGUGUCUGGAGAAGACCACAAGACAGAUCAGUACAAUAGAUGACAGCAAAAGAAAUCCAUAUGGAUGCGGAGAAUAACUCUUUCCAUACCUUUUCAUACCUAGCAGCAAGAUUGAUAGAGGCUUUGAGCCUUGUUUGCAAAUGAAAACCAGAAAGUGCCCUGUGCUGCUUAGCCACAUAAGUGAAUCCCGAAGGUGAUUGAUUCUUGGUGACCUGCAGCCUGGCCAGGUUUAUCUGGCCGGGAACGUGCUCUCGGAUGGGCUGUCUGGAGGGGCGAAGGGGCUGGGAAACGAAAUAGCUUGGCCGAGACCACUGCUGCUGUUAAAGAGCUGUGAUGAAGCUUACUUCUCCGGUUCCUUUCUGUGGCUCUGGGAAGGGAGGAGGAGACCUGUGUUACGAGCUUCUGAAGCUCCGUUGUCUCCUGAAGCUGAGCUUUCUCUGGCACCAAGCAGAGUCCUGGGCUUGGAGAAAGGGAACAUGUCCCUGCCAGAAGCCCCCCUGCUUGGCGUCCCUUGGCUCUAGCAGGUUCUUUUCUGGGUUACGACAGGUGGCUAAAUUGUUUACUGGCUGCUGUUUGCCUCAUGGACCUACAGGAAUUGAGCACUAAAAUUAUUUCAGUCCUGACAGGGAACGUCUGUCUCGGUUAACAGGACUUCUCUUUGGGUGUUGCUCCUGGCCAGGUUCCUAACUCCUGGGCCGGUGGAAGGGGCUCGUUAAUCCGAGGACCUGGGUCUUUUUGUGAUAGAGCGUGAAGCUGAGGGGUUGUUUCGUUUGGAUUUGUGGCUUGCUCGUUUGUGGUAUGGACAGAAGGUAAAACAGCUGAGUGCUAGCGCUUCUCCAAAACCUUCCUUUAUGUACGAAGAAGGUGAGGCAAGUUCUCCUGAAUUCUGCCACGAGGGGAUCAUUCUACCUCAGCAUCUCUGUAGCUAUGAAAGAGAAAUAGAAGUGGGUAAAUGACAAAUUGUGUGUGGGCAAGCCCAGGUCUGGGAAGUCACGCAGAAGUCUAACGAUGAAGAAAAGGACUAAUAUGUUGCCAAACUGUCACUGUGCAUAGCCAGGAGGUCAGCACCCUUGUAAUUAUGGAGCGAUGAAGCCAAGGGGAAAAGCCAACAUUAACAGAAAGACGUGAUUGUUUUAAAUUCUGACCACCUUACUGGGUGGCUUCCCUGCGAAGAUGUUCCAGAUGUCGUCUUGGCAUAAAUUAAUUUCAAAACAUCUGCAGGGUUUCUUAGAAAACAUGGAAUUUAACAGACAGUGAAUAUGCUCUCCUUUGCCCUUCUGGCUGAUACUUUGAUUCAGGACGGGAAUGCAGGCACUUGCUGUUCUUACUAUCAAGAGUCCUUAGACUGAAAGUUGCUCGAAGUUUUUUUUCAACCUUUUUUUUUUUUUUUUUUUUUUUAAAAAAGAAAAAGGGCUCCAGAUAAUAUAAAGCAAUGAGGCAGCCAAGCCCUCUGGGACUGUGUGUGCAUGUGUGUGUUGGAAGAGUCACCCGACUUGAAAACCUCCCCGUGUCCCUCCUCCUGCCCCCGAAGUGCAGCCCAUUGCGCUGGGAGGUCAAAUAUUCAGCGGCUUGAGUGACAGGAACUUUAACAGCAUCUUUUUCAUCAGCGAGCCAAGUCAUGUGCCCGCUUGUCUGUCGUAUCUGUACUCGAAUUGCUUAAAUAUUGUUUCAGAUGGGGAGGUUUUAAUCUGGAUAUGCAGAGAGGAGUAAUGCUGUGGGGGGAUGUUUAAUUGGCUCCCAGCAGAGCAGCAGUGGUGUGUGGGUUUUUUCCUCUAGAAGUGUUACCAUUUUCACAUCCUAUUAAUGUCCUCUGGUAGUUUAAAUACAGCAUAGCAUUACAGUGGAGUUUGUUUCCCUCCUAGACUGAAUACAAAUGAAGGUCAUUUACUUGUAUUUUUAGAAGGUUUGGAAAACUUAGAAAAUUUGUAGCUUUGAACAGCAUUGUUGACUGUUGUAUGUCUGCACAAAAAUAUUUCCAAUAAACCUUUUAUUAAAGCAA